AUUCUUAUAGUUAAAUGAUUCUGUAUUUCUGGACAUGAACUAAAUAUUUUAUCUAGAAUGUUCAGGGAUAGCAAAUUUUUGUAUAUAAAGGUUUAAAUCUUCCGAGUUUUGAGAGCCACACACGACUGAAAAAGUGCAUGCAGUCAUAGACAGAAAUAGAAACCAGGAAUUAUUCGACCAGCGGAUCGGAAACUGCUCAGGAACGACGUAAUCAAUAGUGACAUUGCACAUUGCCGGUGUGAAAGCGAAACAAGAAACAUGGCAGAUAAAAUUAGUUGGAUACCGCUGGAGUCUAACCCCGACGUUCUUAACAAGUACAUCCACAACUUGGGUGUACCCAAGGAAUGGCAGUUUGUGGAUGUGUAUGGAUUGGAACCGGACCUUUUAGGCAUGGUGCCCAAACCUGUAGCAUCCGUUGUCCUGUUAUACCCAAUCACAGACAAGUCGGAAGCAACAGCUCUCGGGGAACAGAAGCAAGAUUCGGACCUGUACUUUGUGAAACAGACCAUAAAGAAUGCAUGUGGAACUGUCGCCAUUGUUCAUGCCCUGGCCAACAACCAAGACAAAAUCAAAUUCCUUGAGGACAAGCCCUUUGCUAAAUUCCUGAAAAACACUGUCAAUAUGUCCCCUGAGAAAAGAGCAGAAGUUCUUCAGGAAGACACUGACAUGGGAUCAGCUCAUGAUGACACAGCCCAGGAGGGACAAACAAAGGCCCCUCCUAGUGAGUCCCAACUCAACACUCACUUUGUGUCAUUUGUGUGCAAAAAUGGAGGAUUGUACCAACUCAAUGGGCGCGAUGAUGCCCCAACUUACCAUGGACCAACAACUCCGGACUCUCUUCUGGAGGACAUGGCAAAGGUGGCCAAGCAGUUUAUGGAGAGAGACCCAGAAGAGGUCAAUUUUACCCUGAUGGCCCUGAGUAAAGUGGAUUGAAUACAGCCCCAGUCCAUUGCCCAGAAUCCCAGCUUAUUGGUGCAAUGCUUGGAAUUAUUUCACAGGAAUUAUUUGCCUCAGUGCAUCAUUUGAAGCCUCGAUUAAUUUUUUGACAUUUGGAACUGUACACAAACACUGCUUCUUGUGAAUCCGAUGCUGUUGUCACAAUUUACAUCCAUGCAGUUGCAAGGAUCAGAACUCUAGUUUGCAUCACUGUUUUUUUUCACUAGCUGUCAUAAGAAAGGAACUCUAUUUUCUUUGUUUACUUCAAGAAAAUGAAGUGGAUAUAAUUUUUGUAUGUGUCCAUUUAUUGUUGUAAAUUUUAUAUCAAGCUUUUAAAUGCUUGCAUCAUCUUGCAAUAAUCAAUAUCUGUAAAAACAAAAAAAUAAUUUAGGUGAAUGAUUUGUCAAAUUCUCAAAAAUUCCAGAAUGGCAAGUUGUUUG